AUGAGUUAUUUCUUAUGCAGCUUUGAAGGAUGUCAGGGGAAUGUCGAAGCUAAGUGUCUUUGCAAAACCCCAGCACUAAUGCUUUGCGCUGAGCAUUUUGGCAAACAUUUAGUUAAUUCCAAAGGUAAUCAUAACUUUGAAAAAUUAUUUUAUGAUCCUUAUCGCCAAGCCAAAAUUGAUGUUUUGCUUUAUAUGAAAAGCAAGGUGGAAGAUCUCAAUAAUUUAAUAGAAAGCGUAAUUAGAGAGGCAUUUUCUGAAAUAUGCAUGCUAAAUAAUAAUUUACAAGAAAAUAUAGGCAAGAUAUAUAAAGAAAUUUCAGCAUUUGAAGAUUAUAUGAAUAAAAUUAUGCAAUCUUUAGAAAAUAAUAUGAUAACCACAAACUUAGAGUAUUUAAAGUUGCCUUCUAUAGAAGCUGUUGAUUAUGCUAAAGCAAAUCUGCAAAGUGAAUUUUUAAAUAUUAAAUGUGAAGAAAUAAUCUCAGAAAUCUACAAAAAAAAUGGCUGAGCAAAGCUAGCAGAAUUAGAAGAAAGUUUAGACAAAAAUAAAACUAUAGAACUUGAAUUACUAGAUACCAAAAAAAGCAUGUAUAUUUUGUUACAAGAAAGUCACCAAGAAUAUCAGGAACUAAAACAAUUAUACGAGGAAUCUAAAAAUCAAGAAUUUUUGUUGCAAAAUAGUCUCAAAGAAUAUGAGGAACUAAUACAAAUUUACGAGGAAGCUAAAAACCAAGAAAUUGAGAAUAAAAAGAAAAUAGAAUCAUAUGAGAUUGCCAAUAUAGUAUUACAAAACGCUUAUGAUGAAUUAUCUAAAGAAAAUGAAGACCUUGGUCUAAGAUGUAAUAAGUUUCUAGAGAAUUAUGGUAUGGCUUGCGCUAAGUGCAAAAGGAAGUUUGAUAUAAAAGAAAUGUCAGCAAAAUGGUGCGGUUGCAGGUUUUGCAGGGAUUGCAAAUAUAUAAAUAAUAUGCAUGAGAAUAUUUGCCAGUUUUGCCAUAAAAAUAAAAAAAUGCAACGUGCCCGAAGCCCAUCAUACAUUUAA